AAGGACCCUUCUUCUUGGCACUCCAAGCGGAAGGAACGGUGGCGUUUCUCCGUUCUACGAAGUGGCGCGCCAUCUGCACCGGUCGGCUGCGGCGGAUUGAGCGGUGGCUUUCCUCGUCAGUUGCUCUUCCCGAACGCCGCCAGCACCGCUCGUGGCAUCUGCGUCUCUGCCUUCUCCAACCGCCAGCACCGCUCCCGAUCCAGGACCAAGAAGCGUGUGAGGAGCUUUCAGCUGCCACCCGGUGCCACCAUGCUCCGGCAUCUCCAGCGAUCCCUCCGUGCCAUUCACUACUCACCCAUCAUCGGCCGUGAUGCCGCCUGCAACCCCAUUCCCCUCCACCGGUUCUGGGAUUCACAUAUAGAGCAUGCCACCCGAGAUUUCUCUACUUCCACAAGACUUACAGGACAUCCAAUAUAUCAGCAGAAUGAGUUAGAACCAACUACGCCUGUGAAGGAUACUGACAUAAUAAUUGACCGCAUACGAAAGAGCACACGGAAAUUGGAGGAAGGCCCUGUUGGAAAAAAUCUGUCUUCAGCGGAGAAAAGGAAAUUUCUUGUCAACACUCUCCUUAGCCUUGAAGAUUCAAGAGAAGCUGUUUAUGGCACCCUUGAUGCCUGGGUUGCCUUUGAGCAGGAUUUUCCUUUGGCUUCACUAAAGCAAGCACUUUCAGUUCUUGAGAAGGAGGAACAGUGGCAUAGAAUUGUCCAGGUGAUCAAAUGGAUGCUGAGCAAAGGGCAAGGAAAUACAAUGAGAACAUAUGAGCUAUUGGCAUGUGCACUCGAGAAGGAUAAUAGAGCUGAGGAAGCACAUAGAAUCUGGCAGAAUAAAGUGGGCCACGAUCUGCAUUCGGUUCCUUGGCGUUUCUGCCGUCUUAUGUUGGCUAUCUACUACCGAAACAAUAGGCUAGACAGGCUCGUGAAGCUCUUCAAAGAACUCGAAGCUUGUGGCCGUAAACCUCCAAGCAAAGACAUUGUGCGGAAAGUCGAAGAUGCGUACGAAACGCUUGGAUUACUAGAAGAUAAAAAGGUGUUGCUUGAUAAAUACAAGGAUUUAUACAACAAACCGUCUCGGGACGAUCGGAAGAAAGGCUCCAAAUCCAAAAAGAUCGAGUCUGAUAAACCAUCUGAUGGUGACAGUAAGGAAAGCAAGAUGGAAACAUCUGAGAACCUUGAAGACCGCUGUUUCCCUGUGGAUGCAAAACCAGAUGCCUCUGCUUAGGCUCAUCACUGAACCACCGACGUCGCCAUAAGAUUUGGCCAAAACCCGGUGCUGUCAGCAUUAGCGAUUGGCGUGCUCUCAGUACACGUUUGCUCCCCUAACCAGUUAGUGUUUUUUCUUUCUCUCUAGACAUGUUACAAGGGCAUUUGUAUUUGCUGUUUUGCACUGACAUCAUUUUUGCCAAGACCCUAAGCGGUAUAAUACUGUGCGACGGCUAUGUAUAAUACUGUGCGACGUUCAUUACUGGCAGCAAUAUACACACCCCUUGUUCG